AUGGUGAAAGUAUGUCUGAAUGAGGGGGGGCCAGUGUUGUCUGAGGGUGGGGUUGACCUCCACCGCAACCAAUCAGACCCCUCGGAACCAAAUCGGAACCAAAACCAGAACCGGACGCAGACUCAACUAGAUGAUGGUCAGAGGGUUGGACGAGACUUCAUCCAACAGAACUCUUUAAACAACAAUGUGGAGGAAGAGGAGGAGGAAGGUAGAACGGUGAAGGGAGAGGAAGACGGGGAUGAGGAUGAUGUGAUUGUGGAAGAAGAGGAGGAGGACAGCAGCGUGACUCACGGCCAAUCACCCGACACUCCUAUGACUGACUGUUCCUUCUCAGACACAGGCAGUCCGGUAGCGCUCCGGCCCUCUGUGUCUCCAGAGACUACAGAUCCCAUCAGCUCCCAAGCAACAAGUCCAGACGAACCCUGCUACAGUGACCCUGCGGGCGAGACUCACACCUCCACCACAGGACCCACUACCUCCAGUUCAGAACCUACCACCUCAAGCCCCACCUGCACCACAGGACCUACCACCUCCACCACUGGCCCCACCUGCACCACAGAACCUACCACCUCCACCACAAGCCCCACCUGCACCACAGGGCCUACCACCUCCACCACAGGACCUACCACCUGCACCACAGGACCCACCAUUUCCACCACAGGCCCCACUACCUCCACCACAGGCCCCACCUGCACCACAGGACCCACCAUUUCCACCCCAGGCCCCACCUGCACCACAGGACCUACCACCUGCACCACAGGCCCCACCUGCACCACAAGACCCACCAUUUCUAUCACAGGACCUACCACCUCCACUGCAGAGCCUAUCCCUAGCCCUGCCCUCCUGGCCACCUUAAAGGAGUUAGGGGAACGGGGAGAUCACUCCCACCUGCCUCAGUACCUCCAUCAGGUAGCCGAGGCCUUUGUCCUCCAGGAAGAUUAUGAGCGAGCAGUGUGGUGCGUUCAGCUAGAGAGAUUCUACCACCAGCGACUACUAAACAACCUGACAGCACUGCAGGAACAGUGGGAGAGGCGGUGCAGGGCAGACGGUCGGGGGGAGAGGAACAGUGACACUGACCUGACUGCACAGCAGCUGGACAUACUCACACACAUCUGCACGACACACCAACGACCCAGUCCUGGAGAAGAGAAGACUGUGGACUCUGUGCUGGAGAGCCCUGUUCGUGGUGAGGACAGACUGCCUGCAUGCCGCUCAGUUCGGUUUUUUGAGUGUUUGUUGGGGAUGGAGGAGGACCAGAGAGGAACAGACUCCACCCUCUCCCAGAGCAUCAACCCAAUUAAAUCAGCCGGAGCCCUGAAGGACAGCCUCAGCUCCAAUGAGUGUGCAGCUCUGGGUGUGGCACAGGACUGCAGAGACUCCCAGGGGAUUGGGAGGGCUGAAAUCACAGACUCUCGGAGCGAAGGAACGGGUCAGCAGACGGAGAGUGAGAUGGAACACACCACUCAGGAGGGUUGCACUACGCCGGACCGCCCUACAGAUGGGGAAAUGAGCCAACCCAAGCAUGAGGAGCAGCAGGGAGGAGAGGAAAAACAGGAGGAGGUGGAAGAGGCAGAGGAGGCCUUGGUAUUAGAGGAAGAGGAGAAAGAGGAGAAGAGAGAUGGUGUUGAUUGUUUAAAAGCUCCUCUUGAGGAGAUCUCAGCCUUAGCAGUGAAGGAGCAGCUCACACUGGAGGAGGCCCAGCUGCGCGAGGAGGCCCAGCUGCGCGAGGAGGCCCAGCUGCGCGAGGAGGCCCAGCUGCGCGAGGAGGCCCAGCUGCGCGAGGAGGCCCAGCUGCGCGAGGAGGCCCAGCUGCGCGAGGAGGAGUAUGAUAUGUUUGGAGUGGACAUGGUGGAGACUAUCAGAGACCGGGUGGCUUCUCUGGACGACCUGGCCAAACGCAUUACAGUGGAGGAGAUGACCCCUGUCCCUGGCCUUGUGUCCAUCCUGAAGAGGAGGAGUGUGUGUGUGGAGGAUGUGCGUGUGGCUCCCUUAUCGGCCCCACUCAAACACAAACACCCUGCUAAACGCAGGGUCCGUUUCAAAGUACCUGACGACGGCUUUGACCACGACGAGGUGGGCGGAGACUCCUGCCUGCUCCUCUUCCUGCUUUGCCUGGUCACCGUGGUGAUCAGCCUGGGAGGCACCGCCCUCUACUGUGCCCUGGGCGACGCCCAGUCCACUGUCUGCACCGACUUCUCCCGUAACGCUGACUUCUACCUCGCACAGCUGCAUCGUGGAAUGGAUCAGCUCCAAAACUGGCUAACCCCCGCGUCUUAGCUGACCCCCAAGAGGAGAGGAGAAGAGAGGGGGAGGAGAAGAGAAAUAGGGGGAGGGAAAGAAAGGAGAGGGGAGGGGGAGAAGAAGGGGACAGAGGAGGAAAACUCCCUUGUUUUGCAGAGUGGAUACUCGCCUCUCUUUAUGUCCUGCCCUGUUUUAAUCUCUCUCUCUCUCUCUCUCUCUCUCUCUCUCCCUCUCUCUCUCUCUCUCUCUCUCCCCCCUCUCUCUCUCUCUCUCUCUGUCAGUCUUUCUGUCUUUACUGGCUGGCCAGUUAGUGUGUUUGUGUGGCGGGAGAGAGUGAUUGAACGAUGUGUGUGUCUGUGUGGUACUGGUAGGCUGCAUCCACACUAAAAGUUCCCUAAGACAUCUGCAGUGCUGCCUAGUAGAACUAGUAGGACUGACAUAGGACCUGUAGUAUACUGGACCACCCAUAGACGUCAAAUGUACACUACUGGACGUGGACUGACUCGAAGUCAGCCCAGAGGAAUGGAUAAUAUUCAUUACCACUGACCUUGAACCUGCUCACUACUACAUGGACCUGUCCUCUGGGUCCUUCAGGCAAGGACAGAACUGCUCACCUGCCCAGACAGGAAGUGCUUGUGUAGCCAUUUCAGAAACCGGCACGGCUCUUUGUUUACUGCCGCCAUUUUUAAUCUCAUCUACACCUCAAAAAUAUGAACAAUUCUGCUGUGGUCAGAAACAUUAAAUAAUGUCUUUAAAAUAAUCCUCUAAUAAUGAAUGUUUUGUUGUAAUGAAACAGAUUUGACUUUCCUUUACGUUCCUCACUAUUGAGUAUUUUUAUGUUGUUGGUUGGGUGUUUCUUUGGGCUGAGGAUAGAAGUUGCCCCGAAUCACAGAUCUAAGAUCAUAUCUUAACCGCAUCCUCAACCAUGAGGGUGAUGAAAUAUCUGACCCUGUAUCAGUGGAUAGGGGAAUCUGCUACCCCUUCUGUUUAUUGGGUUGUUUUGGGGUACAGAUAGUUCAGCCUGAUUGUAGCGUUGGCCCCUUGAUGACCCUUAGUGUGUGUCAGACAGAGAUAUAUGCAACACGGACAAGAAAGCAAUACAUGUCUGUAAUCAUGUGCGUUAAAGAAAGUUAUUUUAUUUAUUUCGUUCUUUAAAAAAAAAGUAAACCCUUUUCCUCCCCAAUUUCGUGGUAUCCAAUUGGUAGUUACAGUCUUGUUUCAUCGCUGCAACUCCCAUACGAACUCGGGAGAGGCGAAGGCCGAGAGCUGGGCGUCCUCUGAAACACAAUCCAACCAAUGCCCGCUUAACCCGGAUGCCAGCCGCACCAAUGUGUCGGAGGAAACACAGUGCACCUGCCGACUGUGUCAGUGUGCACACUACACCCGGCCUGCCACGGGAGUCGCUAGUGCGCGAUGGGACAAGGACAUCCCUGCCGGCCAAACCCUCCCCUAACCCGGACGACGCUGGGCCAAUUGUUCGCCGGCUGCGACAGAGCCUGGACUCGUUACCCAGAAUCUCUAGAGGCACAGCUAGCACUGCAGUGCCUUAGACCACUGCACCACUCCGGAGGCUCAGGCAUGUCUAUAUAUUUAUCUUUCUUGUCAAAUAAUUAUGGGCAUCAUCAUGGGAUUGUCAUGAUCAGUCUUACUACAGUUCAUUACCUCCUGCGAUCAAUGGAAUCAAUUGAUUUAUUUUUAUUUUUACAUGUACAUUUUUUCAUUUGUGCUUUUUUUCUUCUUUUUUGGACUUCUAGUCUAUUUAAUCAAUGAGCUGGUACAUUUUUUUUGUGACAGUUGGUGGAAAUGCACAAAGUCAGCGUGUCUUAGUUUCGUUAGGAAACGUUCUGUAGACGUGGAUGGUUUGAUGGCGCAGGCUGAGCAGUGACUCUCAGGCUACACCCCAAAUGUCAAGUGCCUUCCUCUCCUUGUCUACUCUCCUUCCACUCCUCCCUCUUCUCACCUACUCUCCUUCCUCUCCUCCCUCUCCUCGUCUACUCUCCUCCCUCUCCUCGUCAACUCCCUCUCCUCGUCUACUCUCCUCCCUCUCCUCGUCUACUCUCCUCCCACUCCCCGUUGACCCUCCUCCCUCUCCUUGUCUACUCCCUCUCCUCGUCUACUCUCCUCCCUCUCCCCGUUGACCCUCCUCCCUCUCCCCGUUGACCCUCCUCCCUCUCCUCGUCUACCCUCCUCCCUCACCUCGUCUACUCUCCUCCCUCUCCUCGUCUACUCUCCUCCCUCUCCUCGUCUUUUCUCCUCCCUCUCCUCGUCUACUCUCCUCCCUCUCCUUGUCUACUCUCCUCCCUCUCCUCGUCUACUCUCCUCCCACUCCCCGUUGACCCUUCUCCCUCUCCUCGUCUACUCCUCCCUCUCCUCGUCUACUCUCCUCCCACUCCCCGUUGACCCUCCUCCCUCUCCUCGUCUACCCUCCUCCCUCUCCUCGUCUACCCUCCUCCCUCUCCUCGUCUACUCUCCUCCCUCUCCUCGUCUACUCUCCUCCCUCUCCUCGUCUACUCUCCUCCCUCUCCUCGUCUACCCUCCUCCCUCUCCUCAUCUACUCUCCUCCCUCUCCUCGUCUACUCUCCUCCCACUCACCGUUGACCCUCCUCCCUCUCCUCGUCUACUCUCCUCCCUCUCCUCGUCUACCCUCCUCCCUCUCCUCGUCUACUCUCCUCCCUCUCCUCGUCUACUCUCCUCCCACUCCCCGUUGACCCUCCUCCCUCUCCUCGUCUACUCUCCUCCCUCUCCUCGUCUACUCCCACUCCUCGUCUACUCUCCUCCCACUCCUCGUCUACUCUCCUCCCACUCCCCGUUGACCCUCCUCCCUCACCUCGUCUACCCUCCUCCCUCACCUCGUCUACCCUCCUCCCUCUCCUCGUCUACUCUCCUCCAACUCCCCGUUGACCCUCCUCCCUCUCCUCGUCUACUCUCCUCCCACUCCCCGUUGACCCUCCUCCCUCACCUCGUCUACUCUCCUCCCUCUCCUCGUCUACUCUCCUCCCUCUCCUCGUCUACCCUCCUCCCUCUCCUCGUCUACCCUCCUCCCUCUCCUCGUCUACUCUCCUCCCUCUCCUCGUCUACUCUCCUCCCACUCCUCGUCUACUCUCCUCCCUCUCCUCGUCUACUCUCCUCCCUCUCCUCGUCUACUCUCCUCCCUCUCCUCGUCUACCCUCCUCCCUCUCCUCGUCUACUCUCCUCCCACUCCUCGUCUACUCUCCUCCCACUCCCCGUUGACCCUCCUCCCUCACCUCGUCUACCCUCCUCCCUCACCUCGUCUACCCUCCUCCCUCUCCUCGUCUACUCUCCUCCCACUCCCCGUUGACCCUCCUCCCUCUCCUCGUCUACUCUCCUCCCACUCCCCGUCGACCCUCCUCCCUCACCUCGUCUACUCUCCUCCCUCACCUCGUCUACUCUCCUCCCUCUCCCCGUCGACCCUCCUCCCUCACCUCGUCUACUCUCCUCCCUCUCCUCGUCUACUCUCCUCCCUCUCCUCGUCUACCCUCCUCCCUCUCCUCGUCUACCCUCCUCCCUCUCCUCGUCUACUCUCCUCCCUCUCCUCGUCUACUCUCCUCCCUCUCCUCGUCUACCCUCCUCCCUCUCCUCGUCUACCCUCCUCCCUCUCCUCGUCUACCCUCCUCCCUCUCCUCGUCUACCCUCCUCCCUCUCCUCGUCUACCCUCCUCCCUCUCCUCGUCUACCCUCCUCCCUCUCCUCGUCUACUCUCCUCCCACUCCCCGUUGACCCUCCUCCCUCUCCUCGUCUACCCUCCUCCCUCUCCUCGUCUACUCUCCUCCCACUCCCCGUUGACCCUCCUCCCUCUCCUCGUCUACCCUCCUCCCUCUCCUCGUCUACCCUCCUCCCACUCCCCGUUGACCCUCCUCCCUCACCUCGUUUACUCUGAUCUGAAAACACAAGACCGGUGAAACCAACAGCAAAAUAUAAUCAUAUUCAGAUUUGUUGUAAAAUGCACAAUAAACUGUAGAUUCAUUAAUUAGCUUGGAAGAAUGCCAGGAGAUUGACUUUAGUCUCUUGUACUUUCAGAGGUGUGCAGGUGGAGUGGAGACGAGGACAGGAAGCCACUGUAGACUAUUGAGAUGCAGCCUUGUUUUAAUUUAAAUUUUAUUUUCACUCGUACUCUGGCUGGUUCAGAUGACUAUCUUACUUUUGGAAUCUGAAGUAUUUAUAUAUCUGCACAAUGUAGGGGGAGAGAAAACAAACGAUCAAAUCUAAUCUUUAUGUGCAUGUCUUUUUCUGUUGUUUCUCUAGUUUUGGCUUGUUGUGGGUAUCGUAGAUUCAUUUUUUCACGUUUGUCAUUGUGGUUUAGAUCUGUCUUUACAGUCUGGAGGGAUUACUGUGUGGUGGGUGCUUUUAAACACCUGUUUCUCUCUGAUAAUAAUAAACCUUAUUGUGGGGA